AUGAGUGAUCAACUUGAUAUGUCAAUCACCUCCUUUGAUGGAGUGAAUCACGGAAUUCAGAUUCGUGAUAAUCCAGGAAAUAUCACGGCAAAGUUCUACAACUAUCCACUCCGCUAUCUAACUGUCCCAUUCGCACGGGAUCCACACUUUGUCCAUCGUCACACUCUUUUUGAUCAAAUUCAAGCAAGAAGCUCAGUUCCAGGAUCAAAGAUUGCACUAGUAGGGUUGGGCGGUGUCGGGAAAUCGCAACUUGUUAUCGAAUACUCGGAUCACGUUCGAUCCAAGUCACCAACCACAUGGGUUUUCUGGGUCCAUGCAAGUAAUGAGGCCCGAUUUAAAGAAAGCAUCCAGACCAUCGCAAACCGACUUAAACUCCCGGGUCGCCAGGAUCCAAAGAUUAGCACUCUUGACCUAGUUGAGGCCUGGCUCCAGAAUGAGAAAAACAAAUGGAUUUGCAUACUUGAUAAUGCCGAUGACGACAAGUUCCUUUGCUUGUCUUCUCCAAUUGGAAAAGAAUCCAUGUCGAAGGACUCGAUACAUACCCCAACAAAAGCGCUAAUAGAGUACAUUCCUAUCAGCAAAAAUGGCUCUAUCAUCAUCACAAGUCGAAGCAGAGAGGUUGCGCUAAAGAUGGUGCAUUUCAAAGACAUAAUCGAUGUCAACCCAAUGGAAAGGUCUGAGGCACUAGAGCUUCUUCGGAAUACUCUUGACAAAUCCGAAGAUCUUGAUCAAUCCGAAGAUAGCCUGAGCAGCCAGCAGCUUAUCAAGGAGCUCGAUUUUAUGCCACUUGCAAUUGUCCAGGCUGCUAGCUUUAUUCGAGAGCGCGGAUGUCGCUAUUCGGUGACGCAAUACCUACAAGAAUUCCAAGAGAGUGAUCGUGAAGCGAUCAAACUUCUGAAGAAAGAACCAAGCUAUCUUAACCGCGUCCCCGAAGCAAAGAAUUCAAUUCUAGUGAGCUGGCAAAUAUCAUUUGAUUACAUUCGUCAUACCAAGCCAUCUGCAGCAGACUUGCUGUCUCUUAUGAGCUUGUUCGACCGAGAAGGGAUAGCGGACACUCUGAUCCGGCCGCCAUGGAUCAAGGAUCCUAUCUCUGACUCAGUAACUUGCGAUGGCUCAAGCGACGAAGAGUCAUCUGAUUCUGACGAUGGCCCUGACUUUGAAGAUGAUAUCUUGACGCUGAAAAAUUACUCAUUCAUACAUGAGAAUAAUACUUUCUUCACAAUGCAUCGAAUCCUUCACCGAGGAGCAUGGUAUGCAAUAGAGGUUGGUCAUCUCGCAGAUGCAAUCGAUAUGGCAUCUAAGUCAAGAAAACAGCUAGUCAAGCUGCUUGGUGCUGAGGAUCGCAGUACUCUUGAAAGCACAUUAACAUUAACAAAGGCAUACUUGCUUGAUUGUCAAUGGGAAGAUGCAGAGAAGCUUGGGAUUCAGGUCAUGGAGACUCUCGAGACCAAACCUGAUAUGGACCACUUCAUCACGAUGGUCAGCAUAAACAACCUUGCAUCGACAUAUUACUCUCAGGGUCGAUGGAAGGAAGCAGAGCAGCUUCAGAUACAAGUGAUGGAAUUUUCCAAAGCCGAACUUGGUAUAGACCACAUUGGUACCCUACUGACCAUGAGCAACCUUGCGUCAACAUAUCAUUCUCAGGGUCGAUGGGAGGAAGCGGAACAGCUUCAGAUACAAGUUAUGGAAUUUUCCAAAGCCGAACUUGGUAUAGACCAUCUUGAUACCCUAAGGAGCAUGAACAGCCUCGCGUUGAUAUAUCACUCUCAGGGUCGAUGGAAGGAAGCGGAGCAACUCGGAAUACAGGUCAUGGAGACUUACAAGGUCAAACUUGGCAUGUACCAUCCCAGCACACUGACAAGUAUGACCAACCUCGCUUCUAUCAUCCUGACAUACUAA